AUGAGAACUGAGAACCUCACCUCCGUGACAGAAUUCAUCUUGCUGGGACUUACCAACCACCGAAAGACACAGCUGCUGCUCUUUUGUGUAUUCCUUGUCAUAUACUUGCUGACUCUUGUGGGGAAUCUGGUGAUUAUCAUCCUGGUACAAACAAACUCCCAUCUCCACACCCCUAUGUACUUCUUCUUGACUCAUCUCUCAGGCCUGGAGAUCUGUUAUGUCACCAGCACCUUGCCCCAGAUGCUGGCUCAUCUUCUGUCUGGUCAUGGAGCCAUCACCUUCACCCGUUGCAUGCUCCAGAUGUACAUUUCUUUCUUCCUAGGUGGCACUGAAUGCUUUCUGUUAGGUGUCAUGGCCUAUGACCGCUACCUGGCCAUCUGCCGUCCCCUGACAUACGCCAUUCUCAUGAGCAGGUGGCGCUUACUGAAGCUUGCCUCAAUCUCCUGGGGAGUUCCUGUUCUCCUCGCUGUAAUAAAUGUAGGGUGUACCCUGCGUUUCCCCUUCUGUGGUCCCAACCGUGUCAACCACUUCUUCUGUGAACUUCCAGUGGUGAUGAAGCUUGCUUGUGGGGACACUCGGGUUGCAGAAGUCAUCCUUUUUGUGGCAGCUGUGCUCGCUCUACUGGUGCCCCUAUCUGUUAUCUUGACUUCUUAUGGACUCAUUCUGUCCUCCGUGUUACGAAUGCAGUCUACCUCUGGACGCCAUAAGGCUUUCUCUACAUGCGCCUCCCACUUGGUGGUGGUCACCAUGUUCUACGGCACUGUCAUUUCUAUGUACAUGAAGCCCCAAUCAGACUCCUCCCCUGAUCAUGAUAAGAAAAUUGCUGUCUUUUACAUCAUCAUCACCCCUCUCUUGAAUCCUAUCAUAUACACUUUGAGGAACAAGGAUAUUCAUAGGGCAGUGAAGAAAAUGUUGCAUAGAAUGGACUUUGAACAAAAAUACUGA